GAGCCUUUGUUUUCUUUCAGGGGGUGAAGAUUGCUCCGCCUGAGUGUGCACUGUGCACACACCUUCUGUUCUUCCGUUUCCUCACUUCUUUCUUGGCUCCACCCUGAUGGCUCAGUGACGUGCCACAAGGAAAUGUUUUCUCUAGGGGGGUGGUCUUAAAGGAUUGUUGCUGCCAAAAGAACGAUCGCUGAGGAGACUGUUUGGAAGGGAUAUGAAGAGGACAGAUGUGGAGAACUCAGCAGCGAGUGUGGGGUGACCAGCCUCACCAGGGAUAAAGAAACUCAGAUGGACAAACUCAAAGAGAUGCACUCUUCUUCUUAAAGAGCUUGCUUGUGCCCUCCCCACCCCCAGAAGCCGCCAAGGCUAGAGGGGGCAUCAGAAGACAGAACACACAAACCCAGUUUAUACCCAAGACUCUCCUUUCAUCCCAAAGAAACAAGAGUUCGUUCCUCACGGAAAAGGCUAAGAGUUCUAGGCAUUGGAAUCGACUAUCAUGGAGAACAACCAUCAUGACACACCCCAGGAUGGAUCCACAACCUCAAGUAGUCAGAGAACCACUGGGGAAGAUGGUGGUUCGUUGAUUGAUGCUGUGAAAGAGGGGAAUGUUGACAGGAUUGAGCAGUUGCUGCAAAGAGGGGCUGAUGUCAAUGCCUGUGAAGAUAUGGGGGGCUGGGCACCUUUGCACAAUGCAGUGCAGCUUGGCAAGGUAGACAUUGUUGAUCUCCUGCUCCAUCAUGGAGCUGACCCUCAUCAGAGGAAGAAGAACGGGGCCACUCCCUUCAUCAUCGCUGGGAUCAAUGGAGAUGUAAGCCUGCUCCAGACAUUCCUCUCCAAAGGAGCAGAUAUCAAUGAGUGUGACUGGAAUGGCUUCACAGCGUUCAUGGAAGCUGCUGAGCAUGGCAAGGUUGAGGCCUUAAGAUUCCUUUUUGAUAAUGGAGCCAAUGUGAAUCUGAGGCGAGAGACAACAGAGGACAAAAAGCGAAUGAAGAAAGGAGGGGCCACGGCUCUUAUGAGUGCUGCUGAGAAAGGCCACACAGAAGUCUUGAGUAUUCUCCUCAAUGACAUGGGGGCGGAAGUCAAUGCCCGGGACAAUAAGGGCAGAAAUGCCUUGAUCUGUACUCUGCGGAACCCAGAGGGUAAAAACGUGGAGGAGAUCAUUCAUCUUCUGCUCCAACAUGGGGCUGAUGCUAGCGUGAGAGGAGAGGGAGGGAAGACACCUUUGAUCUUGGCAGUGGAAAAGCAAAAACACACAGGUUUGGUGCAGAUGAUACUGAGUCAGGGGGGAAUAAACAUCGACGACAGAGAUAGCCAGGGCAAGACAGCCCUGCAAUUUGCUGUUGAGCACAACCUGAAUGAAAUAGUUCAGUUACUGUGUGAUAAGGGAGCCAGUACCGAGUAUGGGGAUCUUGUUGAGAUAGCCAGGCGAAAUUAUAACUCUUCCCUCGUAGAGUUUCUUCUAAGUCAUGGAGCUAAGGAUCGAACUGGUCCUCCUGAUGAAAACUGUUUGCUUCACAGUUCACGUUGGGGGAAACCCUUGAAGAAACUCCACAGUAUGCCUCGACCCAUGAUUGGCAAACUCAAGAUCUUUCUGGAAGAUGAAUUUAAAAUUGCUAGCACUUCUGAAGGGGCCGUCUACUUGGGGUUCUACGACAAUCGAGAGGCGGCUGUGAAGGUCUUCCCUGAGGACAGCACACGUGCACGAAACGAAGUCUCCUGUCUGCAGAGCUGCCUUGGCCACAGUAACUUCGUAACUUUCUAUGGAAGCGAGAUCAGCAAGGAUUGUUUUUAUGUGUGUGAGUCCCUGUGUGAGUGGACAUUGGAAGAGUUCCUGGGUGAGCACAGAGAGGAACCCAUGGAGAACAGUGAAGAUAUGUUUGCCCGCAAUGUGCUAUUGUCUGUUUUUAAGGCUGUUCAAAGACUACACUUGCAAGGAUAUGCCCACCAGGAUCUGCAGCCACAAAACAUCCUAAUAGAUUCCAAGGAAGCUGUUUACCUGGCAGAUUUUGAUCAGAGCAUCCAAGGCAUGGGAGAUCCACUGUACAUCAAGAGAGACUUGGAGGCCCUUGGACGGCUGGUCCUCUACGUGGUAAAGAAAGGCGAGAUCCCCUUUGAGACACUGAAAGCUCAAAAUAAUAAAGAGGUGGCUGAAAAAUCUCCAGAUGAGGACACCAAGGACCUCAUUCAGUGCCUGUUUUCUCCCGGAAAGAAUGUAGAGAGCUGUGUGAAGGACCUACUUGGCCAUCCUUUCUUUUGGACUUGGGAACAACGCUUCAGAGUGCUUCGGGAUGUGGGUAACGAAUCUGACAUUAAAAAACCAAAAAAAGAAAGCAAGCUUCUCAAACGACUGCAGUCUGGGACGCCUGAGUCUUCCAGAAGUUUCAAUCAGUGGAAAUCUAAGAUCGACAAAUCUGUUAUGAAAGAAAUGGAUGAUUUUUAUAAACACCUCAGAAAUCCUUAUCGGAACACUGUGGGUGACCUACUAAAGUUCAUUCGGAACAUAGGAGAGCACAUCAAUGAGGACAAAAACAAGCAUAUGAAGGAGAGAAUUGGAGACCCUUCCCAUUAUUUUCAGAAGAAAUUUCCAGAUCUUGCAAUCUAUGUCUAUAAGAAACUAAAGAACACAGAGUACAGCAAACAUUUUUCUCAGACUCAACCAAGCCUCUGUGUCCCCCAGGCAGUGGGACCACAGAGCUGAGUCUUGCAAAUUCAAGGAAUAGAUUUUUAAUCUGUGUAGUUCUUGGCAAAUUGCAUAUCUCUGAUCUCUUAAGUAAUAUGGUUGCUUGUGAGGGCUGAGUUAGAGAACCAGUGUGUCAGCUUCUGAUACACUGUUCUACACAAUUACAAAAACAGUUUACUACACAACUACACUACUCCAUUCUGUGGAUAGAAUUGGGAGAGCCUUCUGUUAAGAUUUCAUUUUCUUAAGAAAAAGUGUGUGUGUGAGAGAGGAGAGGGAGAGGGAGGGAAAGAGGGAGAGAGUGGGGGCAGGCACACAGGCCGCAUGUGGAAGUGAAGUUAGUUCUCUUCUACCAUUAUACGGGUUUCAAGGAUCAAAUUCAUGUUGUGAGACUUUCACGGCAAGCACCACUGGCCAUUUGAGUCAUGUCACCAGCAUGAUUCCUAUCACAUUGAUUGCACCAAAGGAAUGAGUGUCAAGACCUCUGUGACUGUAUGUUUUGUUUAUCUCAUUCUUUCAGUGAUCUUGCAAAAGAGAAUUUAUUGUCUGCAUUUAAGAACAGAGGCUUGGAGAAUCUGAGUGACAACCUGUGCAGAACAGUGUCUAAAAAGAUGCAGUGUUAUUGUUGCAUCUCACAUGGGGGCUUUGAAAGCAAUCACAUCUCUUCUGGGUGAGACUCGGAAGGAACAUGCCAUCAUAUGCCAAAGGGCUCCAGGAGGCUGCGUCAGUCGUUCAGUAUUUGGUCCCUAGCUAAAAGAAUUCCAUCCUUCCUGGAAGCACCUCUACUGGGUUCUCAUGAUCCCAAGGUCAUAGUUCUCACUUGGAGUCAUUUGUUAGUGUCAUAGCUAGGGGGAAUGGCACUACUGUGAUUGAGUACAGGGAUGCCAUCAAGCAUUCUGUGAUGCAUGAAGUAGCUCCCUACAACACCACACUCUGCAGAGUAAGUAUCAGUGGUGCUGAGGUUGAGAAAGACUGUCUGAAGGGAUUGGGGCGCGUUUGAGCUGGCCAGGGUUUAGGGAUGUGAAGUGCAUGGAACACCUCCCAGAAGAAUGGCUUAGGUGUAUCUUCUUGAUGCUGGAUCUGAAAUGAAGUGGGUCCUGGUGUCCACUCAGGAAUCCUCCUCCUCCCUACUUCCAUGCUCAAUGGUGCACACGGUCUACUUGUGGCGCUCUACCUAACUCCCUGACACAUUGUCACCUCAGGGCAUGCUUCAUCCCACUUUGUACUUUUGCCCCUCACCCCAGCAUCAAAGGUCCUUAAGGCCUUUGUAUCUUUACUGCAUGGUAAUUAUGUUUGCUCCAUGGUAAUGCUUGAUAAAUGUUCACUGCGUAACGAAAGAACCAUCCUUGCACAUCAAUGAUGAUGAUAAUGACGCUGCUGCUGCUGCUGAUAAAUUGUAUGGACUUUUGAAUUUAUACAUUACACCUACAUGUUUUUAAAUCUAAUUUUGUCUUGAAAACAGUACUGUAAGGUAAACACUGGGAUCUUUAUUUUGAUAAUGAAACCAAGGCUAGAAAUAUUUUUAUGUACUCUGGGCAUAUAGUAUGAGAUGUCACUGUCUUGAUUUGGACAGAUUUUCUGGUGUGACAUCUAGUGUUCUUUCCACCUACCAUUGUGGUUGCUGACAUGGAGCUUUGGAAUGGGAAUUAAAGGGAAGGCAUCUUAGCGUCUUUCCUAAAAGGAGGCAUCUGGAAAUGACUGAUGGCUGUCACUGCAAGAAGUUACGGUCCGCUGGAAGAGACAAACUUACAGCUUAAAAGAAGAUUUUUGAGCAGAGUGAUUGCUUUAGGGUUUAAAACUUGAGCUUUCUUGUCUGACUUGGAUUUGUCAAUCAAAAUGUUCAUGUGUGAAGCAUGUCCAAUAAAAAUUGAAUCAUUUUAUUAA